AUGGUGGAACUAACGGAUGAUGGGGGUUAUAUGGAUUACUGGAUUGAAAAGCACAGAGCUUACACUAUAACCAGCAGCCCCCUGCAGAAACUAGGAAUAUUUACAGCGAGGCUAACCAGUCAGGAGCUCCUCUCCAAACAAGAUGACUGUACUGGGAGCUCGGAGGGACAAUUGAUAUCUACAGAUUAUAAUGCAGAUGAUCCUGGUGUCACAUCAGAUACGUAUGAAGAUUGUGCCAUUAUCCCAGAUAUACCAUCCACCCUUCACAGCAAAAUUCUGUCAUCUGAUCCUUUAAAACAAAUCCGAUCUUCUGAUUCAUCACAGACCAUUAACCAGAAUGCAAGCCACAAAAGGGGUGAGGAAGCCCUAAGAGCCCAGAAAGGGAAGAAGUCAUAUCCAUGUUCAGAAUGUGGGAAAUGUUUUACUCACAAAUAUGAACUUGAGAGGCAUCAGAGAGUUCACACGGGAGAGAAGCCGUAUUCAUGUUCAGAAUGUGGGAAAUGUUUUACUCAGAAAGCACAUUCAAUAAACCAUCAGAGAAUUCACACAGGGGAAAAGCCAUAUAUAUGUUCAGACUGUGGGAAAUGUUUUACUCAGAAAGCACAUUCAAUAAACCAUCAGAGAAUUCACACAGGGGAAAAGCCAUAUAUAUGUUCAGACUGUGGGAAAUGUUUUACUCAGAAAGCACAUUCAAUAAACCAUCAGAGAAUUCACACAGGGGAAAAGCCAUAUAUAUGUUCAGACUGUGGGAAAUGUUUUACUUACAAAUCAGAACUUAAGAGGCAUCAGAGAGUUCACACGGGAGAGACGACGUAUUCUUGUUCAGAGUGUGGGAAAUGUUUUACUCACAAAGCAGAUUUUGAGAAGCAUCAGAGAGUUCACACGGGAGAGAAGCCGUAUUCAUGUUCAGAAUGUGGGAAAUGUUUUACUCAGAAAUCACAUUUAAUAAACCAUCAGAGAAUUCACACAGGGGAAAAGCCGUAUUCAUGCUUAGAUUGUGGGAAAUGUUUUGCUCAUAAAUUAUCUCUUGAGAGCCAUCACAGAAUUCACACAGGGGAGCUGUAUUCAUGUUCAGAAUGUGGGAAAUGUUUUACUAUGAAAUCAAAUCUUCAGAGUCAUCAGAUAAUUCACACAGGUGAGAAGCAAUAUAUUUGUUCAGAAUGUGAAGUGUGUUUUGCUAGAAAAUCUGCUCUUCUUUUACAUCAAAGACGUCACACAGGGGAGAAGCCGUAUUCAUGUUCGCAAUGUGGGAAAUGUUUUACUCAGAAAUCAUAUCUUAUUAAACAUCAGAGAAUUCACACAGGGGAGAAGCCAUAUUCAUGUUUAGAAUGUGGGAAAUGUUUUACUAAGAAAUCAUAUCUUCAGAAACAUCAGAAAGUUCACACAAAGGAGAAGCCGUAUUAAUGUUCAGAAUGUGGGAAAUGUUUUACUCAGAAAUCAAAUAUUCAGAAACAUCAGAAAGUUCACACAAAGGAGAAGCCGUAUUAAUGUUCAGAAUGUGGGAAAUGUUUUACUAAUAAAUCAAAUAUUCAGAAACAUCAGAAAGUUCACACAAAGGAGAAGCCGUAUUCAUGUUCAGAAUAUGGGAAAUAUUUUACUAUGAAAUAAAGUCUUGAGAGACAUCAGCAAAUUUGCACAAAGAAUAAGCUGUAUUCAUGUUAAGGAUGUGAUUGAUAUUUCGUUAGAAAAUCUGAUCUUCAACAUCAAAGA